AUGUCCCAGUCCAUCGUGUUCCCGCUGUACCCUUCUGUUACUAUACUAGUGGCAUAUUACCAGGGCUUGGAGUCCGAAAAGCUUAACGAAAUCAAAAGCCAAGUCCUUGCUAAGAACCCAGAAUAUGAUUUCUGCUUUCUCAGUCCCGCAUGUAUUGUUUCGCAAGACCAGCUCCGAAGCAGUCUCUACAAGGCAGUGCAGAACAUGGUUAGGGGAACAAUGCGGGCCAACACAGUCAACACAGAAGCACUUUUUGGCUUGUCACCUGUGAACAACUUAAAUGAGGCCUUCAAGCGUUUUGGCAUUGACACUUCACGGAGCGAUCUUGUUGUGGUGAAGAUUCUCACUAAAGAGAAGAACACAGAAGCUACACAGCAGGAAGACAACGAAGAAAUGAUAAAGCAGGUGGAUGAGAAGCUCCAGCAGCUUUUGGGUUCCCUGCCAGUUGAAAUGACUGACGAAAAAUUGUUUGCAGGCGCCGAUCUUGCUCGUUUCCGCAAGCUCUUCAAACUCGCCGAUUCGCCUGAAAAUACGCCGGAAACAUAUUCACAGGCAGCGAUUGCCGGCGCUCUUUUGCGUGGGAUGUAA